AUGGUAGCUUCUAAGCAGCCAUGGGGCCUAAGACAGUGGAUGCUGCUUGUCAUAGGAGCAGGACUGCUUGGUCUUUUUUCGUGUUUAAUAUGGACAGAUGUGGCGUUGCAGCAGAGCCUCUUACAUACGUGGGAUCAAGGCUGGCAGGUGGUGCGCAAACAAAGCAUGGCGUAUUAUCAACAGAGCCCCGUAAGCAUGAAUACGAAAUUCAACACAAGUGAGUCACCACGCGAACGUGUGUUCGACUGGACGGUAGACCGCCGCAUUCAAGCUCCAGAUGGCGUACCACGCCUCAUGUAUACCAUUAAUGGCCAAUUUCCAGGCCCAACAAUCCAGGCAACUGUGGGUGACACGGUUGUAGUCCAUGUCCGCAACCGCAUCAAUGAUGAUUACGUUGUGCCUGAUCCGCCUACGACGUCCAAACUAGAAAGUGUGCACCCGAAGGGGACAGACCGUAAAUUUAGCUUGCACUGGCAUGGUCUGUCCAUGCGUGGAUCGGACGAGAUGGACGGUGCAGCUGCUUUUACGUCAUGCCCUCUUCAGCCGGGUAAUGAAACUACAUACCGCUUUGUCGUGCAGCCAGAGGACGUGGGCACACACUGGUACCACUCUCACGUCGGUACAUCGCGUGCCGAUGGACUUUGGGGCAUGCUGAUCGUGCACGCGCGUGAAGAUGAGCGCAAAGUGCUGAAAGAGCGCGCGCCGACGUUUGAUACACAUUGGGACGAAGAGAUUCCUAUCGCGCUGGGUGACCACUUUCACAAAAUGAGUCCUGAAAGCUUGGCAAAGUAUGUAUCUAUCGUGUUGGGUGAAGCAGAGCCAGUGCCAGAAAGUGGUCUCAUCAACGGCCGUCACAUUUUUUCGUGUGACAUGGCACGCUACACUGGGGUUCCAUGCCCGGCAGGCGACAAGGAUGAAGUCGGCGAGUACACCGAAUUUCAUCUGCGUCAUGACAAGCAGUAUCGCCUGCGUCUUGUCAAUGUGGGCUCGAUUGCCGAUAUUACUUUCAGUGUAGAUGGGCACACGAUGACUGUCAUCGAGGCUGAUGGUACACUCGUGGAGCCCAUGCAUGUGCAUCGGAUACCUAUUUCUCCUGGCCAGCGGUACUCGGUCAUUCUGCAUCGUGAACCGUCCAUGAAGGACAGUCGUGUCUGGAUGCGUGCCGAGCUGCAAGGCGAAUGCUUCAAGUACAUGAAUCCUGUUCUGGACCCUUUCAUUAAGGCGAUUGUUGUGUACGAUAAUGCCUCACCAAAAGAUGACUGGCUGGCGCCACUUCGUGUGCGCCAAAAUUACGCCAAGCGCUUUGGGCCGUUCCGUGCCUUUGCGAAAUCAGAGCGUCCGACGACGCAUCCAUGGAGUCCUGAUAUUCAGGAUCAAGGUAUUCCCACCGAGCCUUGCCAUGACUUGGAACCCGGAACAUUGGUCCCGCUAAUCCCUGAUCCGGCACCCGAGUUCCAUCCUGAGCGCGGCGACCGCCGCGAGAUCAUCAACAUUGAAGUACUCAUUCGCCAAAAAUUCAGGGCACCCAUGUCGUAUAUGAACCUCAGCUCGUGGCGUCCCUAUGGUGCCCGUGGACCUGCCAUGCAGCCGCUUCUCCAUCGUAUUUCCCACUCAAACUUGACGACAGCAGAUGAGUGGGAAGCGCAUGGCCUUGUAAAUCGUGAGCAUGAGCUAGUGGUAAGCACACAUCCUACCAAACCUAUCGUCUAUGAUCUUGUAAUUGUAAACUUGGACGAUGGGCCGCAUCCUUUCCACUUGCAUGGCCACAAGUUUUGGGUGCUUCAUACCGGAGAGAUGGAAGUGCCAAGCUAUCGCUAUAAGCCCGAAGUUGAGAAGGAGUUUGACCUCAAGCGCGCCAUGAAACGCGACACGGUCGUUGUGCCGAUGAUGGGCCAUGCCAUCAUUCGCUGGGUUGCUGACAAUCCAGGCGUGUGGGCUUUCCACUGCCAUAUGCUCGUGCAUUUGGCCAGUGGUAUGGCCAUGGCUAUUGUGGAGCAGCCUGCCUUGUUGCAAGCCAACCCAUCUGUGCCAAGCACUUGUCAAUAA